GUGGAAGAGGGGCGCACUCUCCAGAACUACAGUUCCCAUCAGGCUCCGCGGCGAGCGGCCCAGCGGCUUCCGGAGGGCGAGUGGGCGGGGUGCCGGAAGCCAAGCAAGGCAGGGCAGGAGGCUCCUCUGUGGUGUCCCCUUAACCCCCGCUCCGCUCGCGCGCGCAGGCCCGGCUUCGGUGGGACUCGGCUGGGCUUCGGCUCCGCCCGGAGGGGCCUGGCUGGUGCGGCUGCCGGGCCUUCCCCGUCGCUGCUUGGGGCGCAGGGAGAGGCAGAGGCCGGGCGGGAUGGAGGCCGUGCCCCGCAUGCCCAUGAUCUGGCUGGACCUCAAGGAGGCCGGAGAGUUCGGCUUCCACCAGGCCGUCAAGAAGUUCGUCCUGAAGAACUACGGUGAGAACCCAGAGAACUACAACGAGGAGUUGAAGAAGCUGGAACAGCUGAGGCAGAAUGCCGUGAACGUUCCCAGGGACUUCGAAGGCUGCAGCAUCUUGCGCAAGUAUUUUGGCCAGCUGCACUACUUGCAGAGCCGCAUCCCCAUGGGGGCAGAGCACGAGGCAGCCGUCCCCAUCACCUGGACGGAGAUCUUCUCUGGCAAGGCUGUAACGCACGAGGACAUCAAGUAUGAGCAGGCCUGCAUCCUCUAUAAUCUGGGUGCUUUGCAUUCCAUGCUUGGAGCUAUGGACAAAAGGGUAUCUGAAGAGGGCAUGAAGGUUUCCUGCACCCAUUUCCAGUGUGCAGCAGGUGCUUUUGCUUACCUUCGCGACCACUUCCCUCAUUCCUACAGCGUAGACAUGAGCCACCAAAUCCUUAACCUCAACAUCAACCUCACGCUGGGCCAAGCUCAGGAGUGCCUCCUUGAGAAGUCAAUGCUGGACAACCGAAAGAGCUUCCUUGUGGCCAGGAUCAGUGCCCAGGUGGUGGAUUACUAUAAGGAAGCGUGCAGAGCUUUGGAGAACUCUGAAACGGCCUCCCUGCUGGGGAAGAUCCAGAAGGACUGGAAGAAGCUGGUGCAGAUGAAGAUCUACUAUUUUGCGGCUGUGGCCCACUUGCACAUGGGGAAGCAGGCAGAGGAACAGCAGAAGUAUGGGGAGAGGGUCAUCUACUUCCAGAGUGCUCUGGAUAAACUCAAUGAAGCCAUAAAACUGGCCAAGGGUCAGCCGGAAACCGUGCAGGAAGCCCUGAGGUUCACCAUGGAUGUCAUUGGGGGAAAGUACAACUCUGCAAAAAAGGACAACGACUUCAUCUACCACGAAGCCAUCCCUGCUCUGGAUACCUUGCAGUCGGUGAAAGGUGCCCCUCUGGUGAAGGCCCUUCCUGUCAACCCCACAGACCCAGCCGUGACAGGCCCCGAUAUUUUUGCCAAGCUGGUUCCAAUGGCUGCCCAUGAGGCAUCGUCACUCUACAGUGAAGAGAAGGCCAAGCUGCUGCGAGAAGCGAUGGCCAAGCUUGAUGCCAAGAAUGAAGUCCUGGAACAGUUCAUGGACUCUUUACAGCUGGAUCCCGAGACAGUCGACAACCUGGACAUGUACAACCACAUUCCACCCAUCUUGAUGGAAAAAUGCGCAGCUCUCAGCGUGCGCCCAGAAACUGUGAAAAACCUCGUUCAGUCCAUGCAGGUGCUUUCUGGCGUUUUCACUGACGUGGAAGCAUCCCUGAAGGAGAUCAAAGACCUCCUGGACGAAGACCAUGCCCAGGAGCGGAAGCUGCAGGAGGCGCUGGGGAAGCUGCCCCCGCAACAGCCGGGGUCCCCCCCCACCCCACCGUCUUCCGGGCUGGCAGAGGUGGCUAAGGAGUGGAGCAAGUACAUGGGGGUGCACGAGAAGGCCAACUUCACCAACACCGAGCUGCACAAGGCCAUGAACCUCCAUAUCAGCAACCUGAGGCUGCUCAGUGGGUCCCUGGAGCAAGUGAGGGCUGCCUUGCCCACCCCCAGCCUGACUGAAGACGACAAGCAGGCGAUGCAGACCCUGAAGCGGAUCCUGGCCAAGGUGCAGGAGAUGAAGGACCAGCGGGUCUCCUUGGAGCAGCAGCUGCGCGAGAUGAUCCAGAAGGAUGACAUCACCACCUCUCUGGUGACGAUGGACCGGUCUGAGAUGAAGAAACUCUUUGAAGAGCAGCUAAAGAAGUACGACCAGAUCAAGGUCUACCUGGACCAGAACUUGGCUGCCCAGGAGAACAUUCUCAAAGCCCUGACGGACGCCAAUGUCAAGUAUGCUGCUGUGCGCAAGACCCUCGCUGAGCUGGAGCACAAGUGGAACACCACCUUGCAAACUCUGGUGACUUCCUACGAGGCUUAUGAGGACCUGAUGAAGAAAUCCCAGGAGGGGAAGGAUUUCUACGCUGAUUUAGAGAGCAAAGUGGCCAAACUGCUGGAGAAAGCCCGGGCGGCCUGCAAAGGAGCUGAAAUGGCCAGACAGCAGCUCUUGGAGAAGGAGAUGAAGAAGAGGCCUCCACCCCGACCCACCACCCCUAAACCGGCGCUUCAGAAGAAGGCCUCCGACCUCGAGCUGGCCGACCCCCCGCUGCCCCUGAGCGCCCUUUCCCUGGCUGACCUGCCGGAGGAGCUGAAGAGCCUGCCCCCCGAGGUGCUGGGGGCUCACCUGGCGCAGCUGCCUGCAGACGCCCUGGCCGCCCUUGGGCUGGACCCCGCCUUUCCCCAUGCUAGCCUGAGGGGUCCCCCAGGCCCCGAAGCCUUUGCGAUGGGUGGUGGGGCGGCGAGUGUUCCCCAGGCGAGCCAGGCCAGGCUUCCCUUCCACCCAGGCCAAGUUGUGGCCGGAGGACCCCCGCAUAGGCACUACCAGCCGGCCAGGAUCCCAGCCAGCUCCGGGCAAGGCCCUGCGUUCCCAGGAGUCUCAGGGCUGCCACCUCCCAUUCCCUCCCACCAGAUGCAGCCUUCAGCCCCUCAGACAGCCCUGCAGCCGCCUCAGCUGCCGCCUCUAAGUUCUGCCCCCUCCUCUGUCCCCGGCCCGCAGGCUUACCCUCCUGGGGCCCUCGUUCAGGGCCCAGCUGUGCAGCCUGCCUACUCCGGGGCUCCAAUGCCCCCUCUGCAGACCUCCCCUCCGCAUCUCCCUGGGACCAUUGCUGCCUCCCGAGCUGGUGUGGUUUACGGCAUGGGGCAGCCAGUCCCAACCAGUGGGCUGCUGCCCAUAAUAGGCCACCCCAUACAUCUCGUUGUUCGGCCACCGCCCCCCAACCAGUUUGGCAGCAGCAGCAACCUCCCCUCUCACCCGCAGUUUCUCCGGCCAGCCACCACCACCGUGGCCAGCGUCCAGGCCCCCAUCUCCAGCUGCACCGCCCCCAGAGGUGUGGCUGGGCCACGCCCACAAUGGGCAGGGCCUCCUCCACCUCCUCAGGGGGGCUUUGUGGGGCCACAGGGGGCGCCCAGCGUCCAGUUCCCCUACGCCCAGGCAGGGGGGCCUCCCUUCAUGCAGCCGGUUCCGGUUCCUUUCCCGGCCGCUCAGCCCGCACAGGGCUUCUCCCCCCACGGGCGCCUGCAGCCCACCCUGGACAGGCAGCUUCAGCCACAGCCCCUUGGGGGGCAGCGAGCCCCCCAGCAGUACCCGCCCCAGUUCCUGCCCCAGGCCCCAGUGCCUCAGCAGCCGGCCUUCCAGCCCCCCUUCCCAGCCCCAGUUGCCGGCCAGCAGGCUGUUCUUGGCCAGGUUCCUGCUCGUCCUCCCAGCCAAGGGCAGCCGCUGCCUGUCCAGCUGGGGCCCCAACACUACCAGCUGCCUGCCCACGACAAGCUCCCUCUUCCGCUUGGUCUGCCCCCCCACUCGGGGGCCUUGGCCUUCCCCACCGCUGUUUCCAGGGGGCCCAGCAUCUCAGUGGGCGGGAUGGGGCCAGUUCAGCAGCUGCCCCUGCGCCCGUCGCUCGCUUCCAUCCAGCCCCUGCCCCCUGGGUCACCAGCCCAAGUCGCCUUUGCCUCUGCCCCCCCAGCCCAGCCGCUGGGCCCCGUUACAACCCAGAUACCUCCUGGAGCCCCACCUGUCAGCCAGGCUGUCCCUCACCACGUCCCUUCUGUGCCUAGCCCAGCUCUGACCCAGAUGCAAGGUGGGGUGGUGGUGCAGGGGGCAGCCUUGCCCUCCCCAGCGCCAUCGCCUCAACCCUCCCUGACUAUCCCAGCAUCCUCUCUCUUGCCUUCCUCCGUGCCUUGUUCAGGCCCUCUCCCACAGCUCCCCCCUUCCUCCCUGGCCACUGGUGCUGCUCCGCUCGCGCAAGGCCCCUCUGAGGCCCAGUUCCACCGGCAGAGCUCCUCCACUGAUGACCUCUUGUCCUCGAGCCCCGAAAGCCAGCACGGGGGUGCCAAGGCCUCGGUCAGCCAGCCCCUCCUGCAGCCCACCAAGGCCGAUGCCAAGGACGGCCUGAAGCCCAAGGCAGUGCAGCUGAUCGAGAAUGAUCCCUACGAGAAGCCCGAGCACAUCCGCCGGCUCCUCUCGGAGCUGGAGCGUUUCCAGGACACCGUGGUGGGCCUUGAGAAGCCGGUCCCCUCGGGGAGCCUCUGCGAACUGGACAGCCUCUGGAAAGAGCUGCAGGAAGGCCAGGAGAAGAACGCCCGGCAGCUGUCGAUCGCCAUCGCCCGCUGCUAUUCGAUGAAGAACCGCCACCAAGACAUCAUGCCCUACGAUAAGAACCGCAUCGUUCUGCAGUCGGGCAAGGACGACUACAUCAACGCCAGCAAGAUCGAGGACCUCUCCUCCUACUGCCCCACCAUCAUCGCCACCCAGGCGCCGCUGGUGGGCACCGCUUCGGACUUCUGGCUCAUGAUCUACGAGCAGAAGGUGUCGGUCGUCGUCAUGCUAGUUUCCCAGCAGGAGCUGGAGAAGCAAAAGGUAGUCCGCUACUUCCCCACAGAGCGGGGCCAACCCAUGGUCCACGGCCCCAUCACUCUGGUCCUCACCAGCCUGAAGGCCACUCCGACACACGUGGAGAGGAUGAUAACGCUGCAAUUCCGUGACCAGAGCUUGAAGCGGACCGUUAUCCACCUGCAGUUCUCCUCCUGGCCAGAGCUUGGCCUCCCCGACAGCAAAGGGAACCUGCUCCGCUUCAUCCAGGAGGUGCACAGCCAUUACCUCCACCAGCGGCCCCUUCACACACCCAUCGUUGUCCACUGCAGCUCCGGCGUGGGCCGCACAGGGGCCUUCUGCCUCUUGUACGCCGCCAUGCAAGAGGUAGAGGCUGGCAACGGCAUCCCUGACUUGGCCCAGCUCGUGAAGAGGAUCCGCCAACAGAGGAAGCACAUGCUGCAAGAGAAGCUUCACCUCAAGUUCUGCUACGAGUCCGUCCUCAAGCACACCAAGCAGGUGCUGCAGAGACACGGCGUCACUGCACCAUCCACCAGCAAGCCUGCCAGCAGCGCCGCCCAGAAGUUCUAUGUCCACCAGGACCCUCAGGAUCUGGUGCUGGGAGGAGACAUGCCCAUCAGCUCCAUCCAGGCCACCAUUGCCAAACUCAGCAUCCGGGCACCCUUGGGAGGUACUGAGCCAUCUGCCAACGGGCAGCAGCUGGAGCCCCUGCCACUGACCGCCCCAGCCAGUGCCAGCAUCAUCCUGGCGCCACCCACUCACCCGUCUCAGCCUGCCUUUGCUGAUCACGGUGGCCCCGUCAGCCCAGAGCCAGCCCCAGCCCUCUCUCCCCCUACCACUCCCACUCCUGGGGCCGCACUAGAGAACAGCAACCACGUGGCAGAGGAGAAUGAGAAGGAGAGCGGAAUCCUGCCAGCCCUCCCUGAGGCAGAGCCCUCUGUUGCUGCUUCUGUGGCGCCGUCCUCCUCCUCCCUGGAGCUCUUGGCCUCCCUGACACCCGAGGCCUUCACCCUGGACAGCUCCCUCAAGGGGAGGCACAAGGUGAGCAAGCAAAGCUUCUUCCAGCCCCAGAACGGGGAGGGCCUGCAGGGGGCCCGGCCUAGCGACGACCCCCUCAGCAUGCUGGACCCGCUGUGGACACUCAAUAAAACGUGAAGAGGGAGGAUGGCAGUGCAGGGACCUUCCCGGGAUGCUCCUGCCACUACCUUGUGAACUCUGCUGUCUUAAGAGCCGGAGACUUUGGGGGGGGGGGAGGUGGCUGGUUUGCAGUCCUCAGCAUGCAGCUUUUCCAGCUCAAGUAACACCACAGCCCAGAAGCCUUUGCUGUAGCAGGAGCCGGCUGCCCAUCGCCUUCUGUCCCCCUCCCCGCUCAGCAAUAACGUCUGGGCAUAGUUUUCCCAAGACCUUCUCUAGCUCCUGGGCAUGCAGAGAGAUUUCUGAGCUGUUUGCUCCCUGUUCCUUUCUCCCCCCCCCCUCCGCCUGCCUUGUGUUACGCCUUCAGUGGUGCCUGGGUUGCUUAAGGAGUCUGUAUCCAUCUCCUCCUCCUGUUCAGCUUUUGGGGGAGUAGCAAUCAUGGAAGGAGGGCGAGCGUGGGUGGCUUGGUGUUCGCUGUGGACGGAGAGGCAAGGGAGCUAUUGAAGCCACCUGUUGACUGGUACUAGGGUUACCCACGUAGGGGGCAGGGAGGAGACCCGAGGUGAAGAUUGUUCUGGCUCUAGGGGAAGGCCUUGGAGCACAGCUAUGCUAACCCUGUUGUAGCAAUACAGGGCCUAAGCACCACCUGCUGCCACUCUUGCUGUUGAAGUCACUCAGAUGUGGCACUGAAUGUGCUUGGUUAACCCUUGAGCUAACUUGUCUCAGACAGGGCUGGCCCCAGUUUCUCCCACCGUUCUCAAUUGCCAGCUUGCUCUCUAUUCUGAGUGAAUGUGCUAGCCAAGACCCAAUCGCCCUCCAGCCUGGGUCGCCCAUGUUGGUGAGUUGGAUAGGGCGGCAUGAAGAGUAUGUGGAGCUGCCUGCCCCAUGUUUUUAGCUGUUAGUUGGCGGCACAGGACACCCUCGUUUCAGGAAGGGCCAAGCCUUCGUCACACUGGCUCAGCUGUCUGCUUUUUGUUUGGCCACUCCAGUGGCUCAACGGUUGCCCGUUACAUUCCUUUUAUGAAUUCCUGUUUUGGAAUUGGCUAAAGGCUGUGGACGAUUUGCUUAGCGGAUGCCGGUUAACAAUCACCUUGAGUGGCAAUAAGACCACGAGCUGUUCCAAAUGUUUCACAUCGCAUGCAAGGCAAGCUCCUCUGCAGUCCAGUGGCUCAUUUGAAUCAUGCAUGGGCCGGAGUGGAAGUGCUGAGAGGAGGAAAUGGUCUGUUACCUAUGCACAAAACAGGUGCUGGGAUCCUGCAGGAGUGGGAUGUGAAGGGGUGAGCCUGCAGAAAUGAGUCUGUCUUUGGGGGGAUGUGGAUAUUCCACUCUUAAGGGAAAUGGCAUAGAAGGAGAAAUCUAGGUGGUUAAAAUAAGCCAAGUUGGGUCAUGGCAACUAAUUCUGCAGCUUUGACAAUGCUGCCCCUUUGUGACAAGAUGAAGGCAAAUCACAGGCUGCUCAUAGAAUGAAUGGGAACACCUAAGUGGCAAUUUCCUUCCUCUGGCAGCAGCAGCAGCAUUUGAUCCUCAUCACAUCAGUUGCCUGGACUUAAACAGCCGCCUUCCAGCCUGGCUGGACGGGGAUGAGGUGGGAGGUCUUGACAGGUUUCUGGGCCCUUUUGUUGGUUUGUUUCUGUACAAAUGUAACAUUGUCUUCAUGUUUUGACUUACUCUGUAAUUUAGAACCAACUUUUUUCAGCUCUUUGCUACUAAAAUAAAUAAAUGGGGCAUUGGAGA